CAGGGGCCGGCGGCGCGCGCGGGCCGGGAGCUGAGGGGAGAGCCGAGCCGGAGCCAGAGCCAGAGCCAGAGCCAGGCCGUGGGUGCUUCUUCCUCCCGGGAAGGAGCCUGGAACGGGUCUCGGCCCAAGCCCGCCGUCAGGGCCGCCUUCCCACCGGUUGUGCUGGGAGGCGGUAUUCUAUAAUAUUACUUAGAAGAGCACGUGGAAUACAGUAUUAAAAGAAACAGCAGAGCAGCUUGACCUAUUACAGAACCAUGGUUCGACUAACAAUGGACCUAAUUGCUAAAAAUGCUGGUCACAAGAACCGUAGUGAAGAAGAUUUUGGACAAUAUGUGCAAAAAUUAACUCAUCUGAAUUUAUCAGAUAAAAAUAUAGAUUCAAUUGGUGACCUCUCUUUCUGUAAAAAUCUGAGAGUUCUGUAUUUAUAUGAUAACCAAAUCAACCAAAUCCAGAACUUGGACUUUGCUUCAAACAUAACGCACCUUUACCUUCAGAACAAUCAUAUUUCAAGUAUAGAAAAUCUCUCAUCGCUGAAAAAACUUGAAAAACUGUAUUUAGGAGGCAACUAUAUCACUGUAGUAGAGGGUUUGGAUAAAGUAGGAGAACUGAGGGAGCUACAUAUUGAAAGUCAACACCUCCCUUCUGGUGAAAAGCUUCUGUUUGAUCCAGUAUCUCUUAACUCCCUGGCAAAAUCUUUGUCUGUAUUGAAUAUCAGCAAUAACAACAUUGAUGAAUUAGAAGAACUGGCAGUUUUGGAAAAUCUUUCUUAUCUUAAAGCAGUAGACAAUCGACUUAAACAUAUGAAGGAUUUGGAGCUUGUAUUAAAAAAAUGGACAAAGCUACGCAGAAUAGAUCUUACAGGAAACCCCAUCUGCCAAAAACCAAAGUACAAGGAUAGGAUUAUAGUACAGUCACUGACUUUAGAAUCCCUGGAUGGGAAAGAAAUUCAAGAAAUGGAAAGACGUUUCUUAAUAAACUGGAAAGCCUCCAGAGCUGCCAGAAAAAAAAGCAAUGAAAGAAUGAAUGAUGAACAGGCAGCCAAUGUAGAAUUUUCUGACUUUCAAACGUCUUAUUUCACAGUUCCUCUUCACCCCCGUCGCUCUGUGAAAGAAAAAAAAGAAAAAACAGAUUUUUUAGAUUUGGCUCACAAGCCAAAAGGUGAAAGAAAGCCUCUGCCAAGAAUCCGUGAAAGAAGAAGUCAGAUGAAAACUCAGGUUGAGGAGGAAACUGAAGCAACAACAGAAUUGAUUGAAUUUUAAAAGCCAGAAGUUACAGUAUGUGAAGAUUUGGCCAUUAUUAAUUUUCUUUUUCUCCCUCAAAGUUUACAAAGAAAGAUACUGGUGUCCCUUUGGAUAUGUUGUCUGUGUCUUUUUAAUCUCAAAACCAGACAAGAUUAAGUAUGUUGAACUUAACACUGCUUUCUAAGAACAUUGGGAAAAAUAAGGGGACUGCCUAUUUAUUUAGAAGCAAUGCUUUGUCUCAAAAGCAUGAAAAAACACCAGCACAGGCUAGGUUAAACUGAUUUCCUAAUUCUUAAGCUUCCUCAAGAAAUGAACUGGUUUUAGCCAGUGCCUUACCUAGCAGAUGCUUCUUUCCCUACAUGGCACUCAGCAAUUGUGCAGGGGCGUGUUCACAGCAGAGUCAUGGAGUCAUUAAGGUUGAAAAAGACCUCUAGGAUCAUGCAGUCCAACUGUAAACCUAACACUGCCAUGUUCACCACUAAACCAUGGUGUGGUGAACACCAAGCUACACAUCUACACAUUUUUUAACACUUCCAGGGACGGCAAUUCCACCAUUUCCCUGGAUGGCCUGUUCCAAUGCUUGACUACCCUUCCAACAAAGAAUUUUUUCUCAACAGCUAAUCUAAACCCUUCCUGGUGCAACUUCAGGCCAUUUCCUCUUGUCCUGUCACUUGUUACUUCAGAGAAAAAACCAGCCCCCUGUCUACAACCUCCUUUCAAGCAGAAAAAAGCUAUUAGAACAUCAUUUUUGAGAAGAUCCUAAAAACUAAUUUCCAUAAUUUGGGUUCUUCCAAGUUUUGGAGAAUAUUGUGGAGCAGUUAGCAGAGGAGGAACAAGAAGAUUAAUGAUGUCUGUGCUGAUUAAUUUUUUGAUUGAUAGUAUCGUUCAUUCAAAUUCCAUUUGUUUGGCUGCUUUGCACUAAUUUGAGUAAAUAAAUAAAUGCUUGAGACUUCUGAUAUAGGAAAAUCCCAGUCCUACAGGUAAGGUAAGGAAAGGAAAGCCCAGAUUACAAAUUGCCCCUGGGAAAAGACCAUUCCUAAUGCAAUUUCUCUGUGUGAAUGGCAGCUCAGCAUCUUGUGCUUACAGUCCUCUCUGAAAUAAGAAAGGAAUUUAUCCUGAAUAAGGAAAUCAGGAUCUGUCUUUUUGCACGGAAUGUUUUGUGUAUUUUGUGAACAUUUAUAAUGAUAAUUUGGUAGAGAUGAUUCAAAUAUAUUUAACUCCUGCUUGCAUUCUCCCCUCGAAUAACAAGAUCUUCAUCUUCAUUAUAAAGAACAAGAUUUCCAAAGCUAAGACAGUAAAUUAGGGGUACUGUAACUCGGAGGUGCCAGUGCUUCUGUUAAAGUGUCGUGGUUUAACCCCAGCCAGCAGCCAAGCCCCAUGCAGCCACUCACUCACUCCCUCCAUUGGGACUGGGAAAAGAAUAGGAAGGGUAGAAGCUGGAAACUCAUGGGUUGGUAUAAGGACAGUUUAAUAGGAAUAGCAAAAGUCACACAUGUAAGCAGAGCAAACUAAGGAAUUUAGUCACCACUUCCCAUGGGCAGGCAGGUAUUCAGCCAUUGGGAGGAAACCAGGGGCUCAUCACAUGUUAUGGUUACUCAGGAAGGCAAAUGCCAAAGAUCCCCCUGCUUCCUGCUUCUUCCCCUACUUCAGAUACUGAACAUGAUGUCAUAUGGAAUGGAAUAUUCCUUUGGUCAGUUGGGGUCACUUGUCCCAACUUAUCACGUUGUCAGUUCCCAUGUCCCCAGUCUCCUCGCCAGCAUGGCAGUAUAAAAAGCAGAAAAGGCCUCAUCUCUGUGUUAGCCCUGCUCAGCAAUAACAAAAACAUCUCUAGAUUAUCAACCCUCUCUUCAGUACUAAUCCAAAAUACAGCCCCAUACCAGCCACUGUGAAGAAAAUUAACUCUACCCAAGCCCAAAGGAGCAUGUAAGGCCGGUGCAUCAUUUGCCUUCGAAAUCUGAACAUUCCAAACAUGAAAUAAAGCUCAGAUGUGUAGCUGUUAGUCCCUUACUGAAAUCAGUACUAACCAAGCACAAUACUUCUUAUUCUAGCUGUAGUCACAAUGAUAUUCAGGUCAAGAAAGACAGAAAAACAUGCAUUUAAAAAAAAGUUGAUUCUUUAAGCAAUUUCCAAAGAAGAAUAUCAAUAGUGUUGAUGAGUGAUGAGUGAUGUUGAUAGUGAUGAGCAUGUUCACAGUGUCAGCUGCUGAUUGCUGACUCAAAGCAUCACAUUAGGAAGUCACUGCCUGAUCUUUACAUCGUGGUGUCAUCUUUGCAUCUUACACUUCCCUCUGCCUUACACACAUCCAUUUAAAACUAUUUAAUGAAUUGUUGCUAUUUGGUAAUGUAGGUUAUACUGUGUAAGCCACCUAGAGCAUGGCAUACUUUUCAUAGGUUCUGAGUAUUUCUGGAGUAAAGAUUUUUAACUUCUUGUACGAUAAAUAAAACAUUGAAGACCUGAAUUGAUUACUUCUGAUGCAGCAUGUGCCAUGGGGCUUCACAGAGAGAAUCCCACAGCCAAGCAACUCAAGUCUAGCUAAAGCAAAGCCCUAAGAAAGUCUUGAUAUGCUGGUCUAACACUUAUGUACACACACGCCCCCCCCAGAAUGGAGCCCU